CAUGAGAACCGAACCGAAUCGAUCCGGAUUCAGCUGAAACGCUUUUUUUUUGUUGCAAAGAGCCACAACUUCCGAAACGGAUCUGUUUUCUCCCCCCCUCCUGCAGCGACGAAGAAAGACUGGGAGAAGAACUUUGUUUUGAUCGAGCUGACCCAAAAAAAAUCAUCUGGGAGAAAAAGAUAGAAGAAGAAGAACAGGAGGAGGAGGAGGUGGUGGUGGUGGUAGUAGUAGUAGUAGAAGAAGAAGACAUCAUUUAUACCUAGGUGGUGUGGGGGGUAAAAAAGGGGAGAAUCUCGAGGGUCGCCAUUGUGUGUGGAAAACGAGAUACCCCGACACAGGCAACGGGGAGAGAUGGAUGUAAUGGGGAUCCCCGCCUAAGGAGCACAUAAAGGCGGGUGUUUUUUUUAGUUUUUUGGGAUACCCGGAGUCCUCGAGGCCUCUGAGAGAGGAGGGGGAGAAGAGGAAUCCACUGCCGUCUGCCUCGAGCCCACAGCGCACGCUCCAGUGUCCCCUCAUCUCAUCGUGGACAAUCAUCAACGCGAGGCACGAGGCUGUACACGCGGCCUAGCCUGGGAGGGUCUGCAAAGAACACCGGGGGGUGGGGGGGACAACAGGGGGACGGCUUCAGGGUUAACAACUGGCCCCCUGUGGAUUGGAGGAGCGAGAAAAUAUAUAUAACUAUUACACCAUGAUGGAAGAAUUGCAUAGCCUGGACCCCCGGCGGCAGGAACUGUUGGAGGCUCGCUUCACUGGGGUCGGCGUGGCUAAGGGCUCGGGUCAGAAUCAGAAUGAAUCAUCCAAUCAGAGUCUAUGCAGUGUGGGCUCUCUGAGUGACAAAGAACUAGAGACUCCUGAGAAAAAGGCAAACGAGCAGAGAGUAAGAAAGCGGAAAGCCGACCACUUUGACAGCAGCCAAGGUAAAGCAGGAGCAAGGGGACUUAAAAUUAGUGAUUAUUUCGAGUUUGCGGGAGGUAGUGGUCCUGGUACCAGCCCUGCAAGGGGGAUUCCACCAGUGGUCCGCUCUUCCCCACAACACUCCCUAUCCAACCCACCUGUCACGGUGCAGCAGGGAAGCCCUUCCUCCAUCAGCUCGGCCAACACCGAGCACUCGUCGUGUUCACUGAAGCCUAUUUCUCUUCACGUGCUCCACAAAGCCACACAGUCUGACCUUACUAUAGAGAAACUAACAGCAAUGGAGAACAACAAGAACUCCGACCUGGAGAAGAAGGAGGGACGAAUAGACGAUUUGCUGCGGGCAAACUGUGAUCUGAGGAGACAGAUUGAUGAACAGCAGAGAAUGCUGGAGCGAUACAAGGAACGCUUGAAUAAGUGUGUGACCAUGUCCAAGAAGCUACUGAUUGAAAAGUCCAAACAGGAGAAGAUGGCGUGCCGGGAUAAAAGCAUGCAGGACAGGCUUAGACUGGGUCACUUUACUACAGUGAGACAUGGUGCGUCUUUCACAGAGCAGUGGACGGAUGGAUACGCCUUCCAAAACCUUAUCAAGCAACAAGAAAGGAUCAACUCACAACGAGAAGACAUCGAACGGCAGAGGAAGCUGCUGGCCAAGCGCAAGCCGCCCUCCAUGGCUCAGACUCCGCCUCCAAGUCUGGAGCAAAACAAACGUAAAAGCAAGACCAACGGAGCAGAGAGUGAAACGUAUGAUGCUUUUUUCUCCUUCUUCUGUCAUCUUUUUUUUCCUGUGGUGUGCAUAUUUGAAGUUGUGCUUAGGUUGCUUCUGUUUCCUUGCAGGUUAACACAGGCAGAGUACCACGAGCAAGAGGAAAUCUUUAAAUUAAGAUUAGGCCAUCUUAAGAAGGAGGAGGCUGAGAUCCAGGCAGAGCUGGAAAGGUUGGAGCGAGUGCGGAACCUGCACAUCCGCGAGCUGAAAAGGAUCCACAAUGAGGAUAAUUCCCAAUUCAAAGAUCACCCUACGCUAAAUGACCGAUACCUGCUACUUCAUUUACUUGGACGGGGAGGUUUCAGUGAAGUUUACAAGGCCUUUGACUUAACAGAGCAGAGGUAUGCUGCAGUCAAAAUCCACCAGUUAAACAAAAACUGGAGGGAUGAGAAGAAGGAGAAUUAUCACAAACAUGCAUGCAGAGAAUAUAGAAUCCAUAAAGAGUUGGACCACCCACGAAUAGUUAAACUCUACGACUACUUUUCGCUCGACACUGACUCGUUCUGCACAGUCCUGGAGUACUGCGAGGGCAACGACUUAGACUUCUACCUGAAGCAGCACAAGCUUAUGUCAGAGAAGGAGGGUCGCUCCAUCAUCAUGCAGAUUGUCAACGCCCUCAAGUACCUCAACGAGAUCAGACCACCCAUUAUCCACUACGACCUUAAACCUGGUAACAUCCUUCUAGUGAACGGCACUGCCUGCGGGGAGAUCAAGAUCACAGACUUCGGCCUGUCGAAGAUCAUGGACGAUGACAGCUACAACUCAGUGGACGGGAUGGAGCUCACGUCACAGGGAGCGGGGACAUACUGGUACCUGCCACCUGAGUGCUUUGUGGUCGGGAAGGAGCCGCCCAAAAUCUCCAACAAGGUGGAUGUGUGGUCUGUGGGAGUCAUUUUCUACCAGUGUUUGUAUGGCCGCAAGCCCUUCGGCCACAACCAGUCCCAGCAGGACAUCCUGCAGGAGAACACCAUACUGAAAGCAACAGAUGUGCAGUUUCCUCCUAAACCAGUAGUCACACCUGAAGCUAAGGCCUUUAUAAGGCGCUGUCUAGUCUACCGUAAAGAGGACCGCAUUGACGUGCACCAAUUGGCCAGUGACCCCUUCCUCAUGCCCCACAUCCGCAAGUCGGUGGCCUCCUCGGGCACCUCAGGCAUGGCGGUGGCCUCCACAUCCAGCUCCUCUAACAGCAGCGCCUCAAACUGAGCCCACACCCCUUAACAGACUGACUGAACUGUUUUUGUUUUUUGAAAGAGUGAGGUGGGGUAGGAGUGACGCCAAUAUUGCGUGGCCCCCCCACCUCCCAACAGCCUCCCACUUUGCCAUGAAGAGCCUAAGAGAGUCUGGUCAGAAGACGGGCAAGGGGGUGGGUGAGAAGUGAUGGACGGGGGGGUUGGUGAAGGGUAGGCUCGCGUCACCCUUCAUCCCUCUCAUGUCCACCCACCCCGGCCUACCUGUCCUCCUCGCUUCUCAAAACGAGCGGCAUUGUUCUGGGGGUCAAAGCCCUGGACGGGUGAGGUUUUGGCACUGUGUUGGUGAAAAGUGGGGUCAAGUGUUUCUUUUUUUUUGGGGGGGGGGGGGGUUUCUUUUCUGCCUACACAAAAAAAAAAAAAAAAAAGAGAGAAAA